AUGAGUUUGAGACGCAUUACUCGAGAGCUCGCGGAUCUCCAGCGCGACCCUUUCUCGACUGGCCCCGUAAACCUCGCCAGCGACGAAGACCCACGCCACUGGGUCGCAAAGUUAGACGGCCCUCCAACAACUCCAUACGAGAAUGGUAUCUUCGCCAUCAACAUCCAAUUUCCAGAAGACUAUCCGCAAAAACCUCCUCGUAUCACCUUCAUAACCCCUGUGUUCCAUCCAAACGUUUCCGCGCAGGGCAAUCUACGGAUGGCCGAAUUCGAGUGGGACCAAUGGUGUCCUGCGAUCACUAUUCGCGUACUUUUGCUCUCCAUCCAAGCGAUGCUUUCGGACCCAAUUCUGCUACAAGGAUGUAUACUUGAUGAAGAGGCUGCGGCAUUGUUUUUGCAAGACAAGCAGAAAUUCGACAAGGGGGCGCGCGAGUGGACUGCGAUGCAUGCCGUAUAA